UUCCAGCUCAGCUCUAUUCUCUUUUUUCUUCUUCAGAAAGUCGUACGAUUCACCAUCGUCAUGCUAGCAGAAAAGCAGUCAAAGCAAUCAAGAAACAAACCAUGUACUUUCCAGCAGCUGUAUCACCUGGUGGAUCAUAUGGUCAGUAUCCAGCUGCACCGCAGAGCACAGCCCAAGGAUGCUGCUCGUCGUACGGAUAUCAAUCUCAGUAUCCUGUCCAGGCACCAGCACCACCACAGCAACAACAGAGCUGCUGCGAUAGCUCUAACCCAAGCCCACCACCAUGUUGCAUCAAUCUAAAGCCAGGGGAGUCUAAGGAAGUUAAGCUUAAUGCUGCUGGAAAGAAUUAUUUGUUGACGGUAAAUCUUGAUGGACAUGGAUCCGGAAGUGCAGAUGGAUCCAACAAAUCUAAAGAUGCAAGCGUAACAAAGACUCCGCCAUCAUCUAUCCCAACCGACAGUGGACCAACUACCCAGCCCGGCACAAAUGGAGGUAGUUCAACAGGAUCUACGAUGGGACCAACUACCUCCCCUACCACUGGUCUACCGGUAAAUUUAAAAACUGGCUCCGGAUCCACUGCUCCAACAGCUGCCCCCGAUAGUAUUGGAAGCUCGUCAGAUAACGGGAUUGAUAACAUUAGUGAAGAAAUUGAUAAACUCUUUCAAAGCAGGGGGGUCAAGGCUCGAAAAAAUUUCAAAAUGGAACUAAUCCCAAUGAGAAGCCUAAAGGCCAAGGAAUGACACAAAACAAACAAGGACUGGGACAAGGUGAUGGCCACCAUGAGAAUCAGGGGCAAGGACACCAUGGAUCAGGACACCAUGGUCAGGAACCACAACCACAAAAGCAAGGUGAAGGUCAAGGUCAGGGACAGGGGAAGAAUCCUAAAAUUAAAGAUAAUGAAAUGGCAAUUUUUGUUGGUACCCCUUUGGAGGGAUCGCCCUUGAAACAAACGCAAGAUACAGGGAAAAGGCAUCGUAAUGGAAAAGGGAACGAAAUGAAAAAGCAAGAAGACGCUUGCAUGGAGGGACCGUCAAUGUGUGGACAAACUUCUAGUCUUCCUGUUGGUCAAGUUGGCAUUCCCCCGUGUGCACCACCGACCCAAGGUAUAAUCCCUUGCUCACCAGUUCAAGGCGCCACUAUACCUUGUUUUGCACAGCAAGGAAAUCCUUGUCAACAACCUGCUCCUGCUAUGCCUUGCCCACCACCACCACCACCACCACCACAACAACAACAACCAAUGAUUGCUUGUGCUCCUCAAGCCCCAAAUCCAUGCGCUCAGGCACCCGCCGCACCUUGUCCUCCACAGCAAAGCGCAAACCCUUGUGCCCAAGCUGGUCCUUGCAUGGAAUGUCCAGGAGGAUGUGGUCCAGGCGGUGAAACCGGUGGUGGAACUAGCGGAGCAGAAGGAGAA